AAAUUUCUUCUGGGUCUCCAUUAUUCAUCUUUUUAAUUUCUCAUAAAAUUAAUCUCCUUUUUUUCUUCAUUUAAUAGUUUCUUUCCUUAUUCUCCAUCUACUUUUUUUUUCCCGAUUCUCUCUUUGUACUUCAUAAUUCUUUCCUCUAUAAAUUAUUGUCCACAAAACCCUUCUUUUUUUCUCUUUCCUCCACCUUCUUCCACCAAUUCAACAGUAACCCAUCUCCUCUCUGUUCUCCAUUUCUUUUCCCUUUCGAUUUCCAUCAGGGUUCUUUGCUUUGAUUAGCUUUUUUCAGAAUUCUUAGCGAUUCUGCAUAUGGGUCGGUUUUCUCAGGGCUGCUUUGUCGCCCAAAUUCGCAGAAACUGAUCGAAGAUGGUAAAAUUUUACAGUUCUCAGCUCCCAGGUUUGUGGGGGUGGCUCAAACUCUAACAGUUUAUCGAGUUUUUAAUCAUCCGGCUCGAGAAUAUUUUAUGUAACGUUUGAAUUCGUUUGUUGAUUUUUUUGAAUAAAAGAAACAAAAGAAGUGUUGAGAGCUUUUUGGUUGUUUUUGUUUGUUUGUUUAUUGUUGUUGGUUUAAGUGAAUUUAUGGUAUUUUCGUUGAACUGGUAACCCAUUGAUUUUCUUCGUCUCGUCUUUAUCAAGUUAUAAACCAAUUUCUUGGUCUGCUGUUUUUUUUGCUGCCUUCCAUGUGUUUGUGAAAACUCCCCUGUGUUUCUAGGAUUCUUUUUGUUUUCCUUUUUGCCUCUUUACUUUCACUCAAUCUAUCUAUAAAGCUUUACUGAAACAUGGAUUUAAUAAACGGCGCCGAGCCUGGCGACGUUUCGGUAGCUAAGAAUUCCGGUAACCAAGUAGCAGAUAUUGUUUCUGGUAAGUCUAAUGAUCCCCAAGAGAAGGAUUUGGGUUCAAAAGUGAAGGAGAAAACUGGAAGCAUAAGCAAUAAGGACAUGAUUUUCCGAGCUGAUAAGAUUGAUUUCAAGAACUGGGAUAUUCAGCUGGACAAGCACUUGAGCCGGGCUUGGUCAAGGGACAGGGAAGUGCCAGCCAAAAAGGAAGAAUGGGAGAUUGACUUGUCUAAACUGGAUAUUAGAUAUGUUAAAGCUCAUGGAACUUAUGGUACUAUUUACAGAGGAAAUUAUGAUGGCAAUGAUGUUGCAGUGAAAGUGCUCGAUUGGGGGGAGGAUGGUGUUUCCUCGGUUGCUGAAAUUGCUGCUCUUCGAGCAUCGUUUCGCCAGGAAGUUGCAGUUUGGCAUAAGCUUGACCAUCCAAAUGUUGCCAAGUUUUUUGGAGCAUCAAUGGGGACGUCCAACCUUAAAAUCCCUCCCAAAAGCUCACCAAGCGACAAUAACCAUUCUUUUCCUUCAAGGGCUUGUUGUGUUGUUGUGGAGUAUCUUCCAGGUGGAACACUAAAGAACUUCUUAAUCAGAAAUAGGAAAAAGAAACUUGCAUUUAAGGUUGUGAUUCAACUUGUUUUGGAUCUUUGUAGAGGUUUGAGUUAUCUACACUCUAAAAAGAUUGUACACCGUGACAUUAAAACAGAGAACGUGCUGCUAGAUGCUCAAAGAACUCUAAAAAUUGUUGAUUUCGGUGUUGCUCGAGUCGAAGCUCAAAACCCAAGGGAUAUGACGGGAGAGACUGGCACCCUUGGUUAUAUGGCUCCAGAGGUCCUGGAUGGUAAGCCUUAUAAUCGGAAAUGCGAUGUCUAUAGUUUCGGUAUAUGUUUAUGGGAAACCUAUUGCUGUGAUAUGCCUUAUCCCGAUCUCAGUUUUGCCGAAGUUUCAUCUGCAGUCGUACGACAGAAUUUGCGACCCGAGAUCCCUAGAUGUUGUCCGAGUUCAUUGGCAAAUAUCAUGAGAAGAUGUUGGGAUGCAAAUCCAGAUAGGCGUCCAGACAUGGACGAGGUUGUAAGUUUGUUGGAAGCCAUUGAUACAAGCAAGGGAGGUGGUAUGAUACCCGAAGAUCAGGCAUCUAGCUGUUUCUGUUUCGGCGUAGCUCGUGGUCCAUAAUUCUCAAGGUUUUCGUGUUCCAUAUUCAGACGUUAUCCCAAAUACUAAAUAAUGGAAAUGUCAACCAUUUAUUAUUGUAAUUAUAUUUUGUUGCAUUUAUCAUAAUGUUCUAUUGGAACAUCUCAUUGGACAUGUAUUUUUUUCAACCUAAACUUUGUUAAAAUUCUCUUA